AUGGCAAUGAUGCAGGUGUGGAAAAUGGAGAAAAGGCUUUAUGACGCAGCUGUGGAAGGCAGCAAGAUUUCGUUGUUGAAUUUGCUUCACGAGGAUGCACUUCUUCUUGACAGGUUCAUCACUGGCCGUGUAACAUCCUCCAUGCCGGGCCGUUACCCUGAAACACCUUUACACGUUGCUUCCAUGCUUGGCCAUCUCGAAUUCGUCGAUGAAAUUCUUACUCAUAAGCCUGAGCUAGCCAAAGAACUCGAUUCCCGCAAGUCAUCGCCGCUUCACUUAGCUGCAGCAAAAGGGAACCUGCAAGUUGCAAAAAACUUACUGCAGGUUAACCUUGAUAUGUGUCAUGUUUGUGAUGUUGAUGGCAGGAACCCUAUUCAUAUUGCAGCCAUGAAAGGCCUCCUUGGUUUGUUGAGAGAGCUAGUUGAUGCCAGACCUUGGGCAGCUCGAGUGCUAAUGGAGCAAGGUGAGACCAUUUUACAUGCAUGCGUGAGGUGCAACCAGUUGGAUCUUGGAUGCAUUGCGAUUCUGCCGCCGCUCAUCAAGAAGGCUCAAGGCCUUAAUGCCGCCGGCCACCAAAGUGGUGGCCGGUUACCGCUCCUUCUGGCAUCCAAACCAAGGGGAGGCCGAAAAGGCAACCCAAAUCGAACCGAGCGGCCACUCCCACCCUCAGCUCUCUUCUACUCUUCCUUAGCCGAAAAGGGAACCCAACACCGCCAUAAAUCGGCGGCUCCUCUCACUCCGGCCACUACCGUAACGAGCCAAAUCCCGCAGUUGGGAGGGUCGGCAGGGCAUGGUGGUGGCGUGUGGCAGGAGCUGGCAGGGUAUGGGAGGGUUGGUAGUCUGGUGGUAGCAGGGCAUGACUAA